AUGUCCACUGUACUGUCUCUUCACAUCUCAGUGGCCUUGCUGCUUCUAUCAGUCACCACUGUUCUUGCUGCCGAUGACGAAAAGGACAACACUGACUUUCUGCUGAACGUAUUCUCUGAUAUCGGCCCAAUUCUUGCCCUCUUCGGAGAACAAUUCGCUCGCCAGUUCCUUAGCGAAACCUUUACCUGGGAAGACCAUGUCAUUUUUGCUUGCAUCCCAUUAGGUAUUAUGACCGCAAUAUCGGGCGCUAUUCGUGUUCAAGGUGGUGGCUUGUUCAAGGCCGUCAUUGGGCGUGCACGCGAGAACCAUGCAGCCGCCGAGAUUGAGUAUAUGUCUUCAACCUCUACCGAGGUUUGUGAACUAUACAACGGAGAAGGAAUUGUUCGAACAAUGGGGAAACCGUAUAUUGGCCAAAUCAUUGUUUUCCCCAAUCAAUUUGCAAACAGAUCUCAAAGUGGUCAAAAAGGGGAUUUCUGCGGAAUUCACACGCUCGAAACCGCUACAAAGGAAGGCAUCAUGAAAUAUCAAGAAUAUCGGGUGGAUAGUCGACCUCGUCUUUUCAAAUGUUUCGAAUCAUCAACAACGCCGACAACGGUUGUUCAAAAGUCUUCAAAGCGAGAAACCCAGCAACAGGACGAUCCUGAAACUGGCGAGCCUAGAGCAGAGCACACAGAUACCUGGGACAGUCAUGAUUCAAGUCAUAGAAGCUCGAAAAAUGGCAGCAAUAUUGAGAAGAAAAAUCCAUGGUUGACUUUGAAAAGCCCUAACCUCCAACUGAACAUCCCAUGUGAGGAUGUGUCUGAGCAGAAACAUCGUUUUCACCUUGUUUUGGCUGCCAUAGUAGCGUUAGUCUUGCAGAUUGCACUCCUUGCAAUUGCUAUAUCCACAGUCUACUUGAUUUCGGGAUUUGAGCCCGAGCCUUGGGGACUCCCUUGUUAUCUUGGUGGUUCUGUCCUUCUCUUUUUAGGCAUGUUAGCCUGCUCGGUGGCGAUUGAAAAGCGGACUCGCGAACUCAUCUGGUUCAUUGCAGACCAAGACCCAGCUUCAGAGAAGGAACAUAAGGAAUUCCAUCUACUCUGGGUCCAACGCAGUCAGCGCGUGAGCGAGCAGGACUUUGGUUCCUACAUUAUCGAUGGGGGCACCAGACAUCAUAUUAUGACAUCAAGUCGGUAUGAAGAUCUUCAAGGUCUGGAAAAACCUCGUGCACCCACAGAUGAACCCACAAACGAGAAGAAGCUUACUGCCAACACAUCUUCUGACCAACAAGAUGGUAGUGUUCAAGGGUCAAAGUUCUCCUUCUUGCCACUUUUACCCUUGAUAGCAGUUCUUUUCGGCGGAAUUGGCUUCACUGUUCAAUUCAUCGGGCUGAGGGGCCUACCUUGGCCCUGCGCUGUUUCCCAGCUUGGAGCCAUGAUCAUCAUGGCGAUCAUAAGGGCUCUUAUCCGUCGUCGUCUCACUAACCCUCUGAGGAACUACCCCCUCCUUCAAAAGCAUGAGCUAGACUACCUGGCUAUCCAACUAGUCGAAAAUAAUGGCAACAUAUUUGACGAUCAGUCUGAACAUAACUUGCACUCUGGAAAGCGAUGGGAUCCUCGUGCUAUGAUCGAAUCUAUUAGAAACAGGAUUUCUGGUGAUAAGAAUGACCAGAAGUACCAAUCAUGGACGGAGGUACUGGCGUGGAAGGUUGACACGGCAUCUGACGUAACAUUCGGACCCAAGCAACCGUCAGACGCCCAGCCCCCAGAUACAGAUGUUGAGCUUAUCUUCAAGCCACGUCAAACCACUGCCGGUGGAGAGAUUCACCCCGACCCUACCAAUACGCACGGCUCUAAACCUGCACACACCGGUAAGGGCCAACGAGCGAUUCUCGUUCGAAAGCGCCUAGGGGACUUGUGCAAGUGGCCCAACAGUACAUCAAAAUCAGCGCUGGCAUUGACUCUGUCUAUCGAGAGAUUUAUGAAAGAAUUCUUUCCUGGGCGCUUGCCUAACAAUGACUCUGACCAGAUGACAUGGAAGAUCCCUUUCAGUCGUUCUCAUCAACUUUCUCAGAAGACAUCUCCGAAUUGCUCCGGACAGAAGCCUAUUACUUGGGUCAAACUAGACAUCACGCGGGAUCCCAAAUCCAAGGGAUGGGGCGUCGAUAACGGUCAGGUCGAAGCAAUUUUGUCUCUUUGGAUGGCCCAUUGGACGGCCCAUCGCGCGGAUCACCUUGAGGCAAAGAAGCAUGAGGGCAAUAAGAAACUCCAAAGUACCGACUGGAGGCGUGCUGGCGAUGGUUCUCAUGUCGAAUACUGCAGAAGGAUAGGGGAGAAUCGUAAUGGAGUGUUGAAACGUGACAUCUCUUGGUGGGUGAACAAUGCGGUUGAGGGGUUACAGCGAGAACAGACCAAUGAGAUUAACGGAUCAAACGACAAUACUAGCUCUGGAUCUAAUGAAGACCGAUUCAUUUUCGGAUUAUCUGGUUACUUCCAAACAUCAGGCAGCUCGGCGGUAUCUAUAAGCUCCAGGAUGUCUGGACACUCAAGAAUUUCCGGCACCUCCAGAUGCAUGCCUGGCCCCUCCGAAAAGCCCGAAUUCUUGGUGCAGCACUCCACUGCAGAUCUGGCAACUGUAAUGGCGCAGCAUCUUUUCACAUGCUUCAUAUGGAACAUCGGGAGUAUGCUACCAAAGAACUUUCUCAACCGCGCAGAUAUCAACAUAAAUGAGUUUGUGAAAGUCGAAUCAUCUCGUUUGUUUGAUCUACCUUCAUCCAUCAAGGCGAAGUCGGGUCGAAAGCUAAGUCAUAGGCAACUUACCAAAUUUGUCAAUUAUGCCGAAAAGCAAGGCCUCGGCACUCCCGACGACAUUCUCUUGUGUAUCAUUCCGACCUUCAGUUUCUUUGAUUGCCUACCCAACAACGUUGUACUCGACUACGAUCAGCUUAUUCCCAAGCCUUUCGGCAGCUUCAAAGAGGAUGAGCAGAAAAAAACGUGUAACGACUACAUAGGUCUUCUUGAUUGCAUUCAGAAGAAUAAUGGUGUGGAUCAGGAUGAAUAUCUCUCCUCCGCCGUAGUGGUGAACAUAAUGGAGUUUGUUUACCUCACGGCCCUUCACAUCGAUAAAGCCAAACUCUGUGGAACUACUAAGAAGACACAUCCGGAAGAAUUCAUCAAACUUCUUCAAAUAUUAUCGGAGCAUUACAGUAGUGUUCUCCGGAAGUUGUCCCCAUUUUACGAAUGGCAACGACGUCGAGAAACAUUCAAGGCGUUAUUCAGCGAUUUCCAAGUCGGCACAAACGUUGACGAUGUUUGGCCCACGGGCUGGAGCGAACGGGAGCAAGACAAGGCGGCUUUUAUGUACAAGAUCGGAUUCACAAAUCGACAUCAAAGAGUUAUAGAGCUCAAGCCGCCCCAUCGCCGGCUGAACCUGCAGACCCUACUUGUAGGCGUAACAAAUGGCUCAGAGCGAGAUAUCUUUGGCUGGACACCCUUACACUAUGCUGCCGCCCGUCCAGAACUUGAAUUCAAGCCAGAAAGAACAAUUCCUCGAAUGGGACCUGAGGAUAAACGACUGGAGAUCGCUGUGAACGAUAACCUUCGGAGCAAUCGAUGGGUUGAUAAAUUUCGGCGAAGUCCCGUCCACGUUGCAGCAGCCGCUGGAAACAUCAAUCUCCUUAAUAUAUUGCUGCCUUACCUAGAUGAUGAAGCAAAGCUGGCCAUAUGCAAAGGUGGCGUAGACGAAAUGAGUCCAUUACAUCUUGCCGCUCAAGGAAAUCACAUGAACUGCAAUAUCAACGCGGAUACAGAGAACCCACGACAAGGUGAUUCUGAAGGCAACUGUAACAAGUGCAUUGUCACUCUCCUGGAGCAUACGCCCCAAGCUCAAUACGAUACAGAUGCAUGGAAGCAAAGCCCAAUUCAGACGACAGUAACCAAACAAUGCUACCAGUGCACUCUCAGCCUACUACAGAGCAGAAAUUUCCACUUUAGCCCUGAAACGCCGGACGAAUUCAAAAAUCCAUUGUUCUUCUACCUUAAAAAAGACAACAAACAGCAUACCCUGAUUGGGAGACAGCUACUCUUAAAGCACUACCAGAAGUUCGACAUUCGGAAAAACGGUGGUGACAAUAUUCUACAUUAUGCAAUCAAAUUUCUGGAUGAUAUUGAUCUUCAUGCUUUACUUGAGUCUCUGAAGCAUUCCCUCCCAUCCGAUCAAUUACCGCUGAAGGUUGAUGUAUUCAACAAGCAAGGCCAAACCCCCCUACAUCUCGCUGUCUCGUCUAAUAAAUACCUUCUCGUCCAGCGUCUUAUCGAGGCUGGUGCCUCUCCUUCAGUCCAAGAUGCUAAUCACAUCUCGCCCAUGAUACUGGCCUGUCAACGAGGCUAUGAACUUUCUGCAUAUUACUUAUUGUCUGGCAGUAAGUAUCACGGAAUCGAAAGUGACAAAGACGGGAAAACAGCAUUGCAUCACGCAGCGUCGUCCUCCAAUUGGUCGAGCGACUGGUUUCUUCUUAAUAUUAUUCAACAGCUCUCCAAUGCCAUGACGUCGAUCGACGUGUUUGAUCACCAGCGUCAAACACCACUCCAGUCUGCUGUUGUAGCUAAUCGGAAAGCUGUUUGCUUAACUUUACUACGCAAGAAGGCCAGUAUAAAGCUGGUAGAUAUCAAAAGACUGAGUGCUCUGAACCGCAUUGUUCAGUCGGGUCCCGAGUCGGAAAGCAAGUUCCGAGCUAGAUGGGAAAGUCAGAUUCGGGAGAUAACCACAAAGAAUGCCACUGAACAAGAUGAAGAUGGGGACACUGCUUUACAUAAGGCUGUCUAUCAUGGGGAUUAUGACACACUGGAUUGGCUCAUGCAGAACAAAGCCGAUCUACGCAUCGAAAACGUUUCAGGAAGGACGGCGUUUAUUGAAGCAUGUCGCCAAGACAAUUGCCACAAGUUCAUUCGACGCAUUGUGGAUGACCUUAAUUCUGGUAUUCCUGAUUCAAAAGAUAGCCAAACACCUCAACUCGAAACCGAUACAGGCACUGGACAGCUUCUGCCAAUCAACGAUUGGUCGAGGCUUGCCGAUGGAACCAGACUCGACAUCAAUCAGGGUGAUUCCAUGUUCGAUCAAUCUCCCUUGGCUUGGGCUUGCGAAGGCGGGCAUGAAAAGGUUGUCGAAAUCCUACUCACAGCAAAGACAAUCGCCAUCAUACAGAAGGCAACCAAAUGUGACAACUACACGCCGCUACAUUUCGCGUUAUUCAACAAGAAUCCUGCAAUUGUCCAGCUAUUGUUGGAUCACCCGGAAGGUCAUGUUAUUUGGACUGAACGAGAUGAAAACGGUUUUACAGUGAUACAAUUUGCGAUCAUGAACGCAGACAGUGAUUGCCUACACAGAUUGUUGAUGCAUCCUACGGUCCAGCCCAGUGAGCUUUCCUACGACGACCCAGGGGCGAUCUUGAGGGUCUGCUCUGGCUUCAACAUCCAACCGAGUAACUGGGACUGGAUUCUGAGCCGGAUUGGAUUCGACGAGACAGUGGGAACGCCAUUUUUGGACGAAGACAAGUGGACACUUGCUGAUAUCGCUGGGAAAUACGGCCAUCCAAAUCUUGAAAGCCAUUUACGAAACAAGAUCGAUAACAAUAUAAAGAAGCCACCACCUCUCAGGCCUUCAGUUUUUGUCAGCGACUACAGCGGCUUGUCUUUUGAUCACACUUCAAUUCCUGAUCAAGGCUGGACAAUCAAUAUGGAUGUAACAUUUUCUGGAACUUUCUCAAAUCACUUUUAUUUCCGUACUAAAGAGGCUAUUCCUCCAGAAGAUCCGAGGUUUUACUUCGAGGUUAAGAUUCUUCGUCUGCCCAAGAACAGGAUAUUUAUGAUGGGUUUCUGUGGAACAGAAAUCCUAGAAGGACGAGCACCGGGCUGGGAUCCAGGAUCUUGGGCCUACCACACCGAGGAUGGAGGUUUGUACGAGGGCCAUGGCAAGCCCGUUGUUACGGACACGAGUUACAUCUUCAAGAAAGGCGAUGUCAUUGGUUGUGGCGUAGACUUCAACACAGGCAAAGGCUAUCGAACGCGCAAUAGGACUCUGCUCAAAUCCGGACACGCUUUCGGUAAUGACUGGCUCAAGACAGGAAAGUUAUAUCCUUGUGUAGGUUUCCGUGACGAUGGAGAUGGAGACAAACUCGAGGUUCAAAUCAACUUGCUUGGCUCUGGGAGACAAACCUUCCAGAGUGACCUGCCCCCAAGCGGGUAA